CGCGCGGAGGGGCGGGUCGAGCCCCAUAGCUGAACUAUGAAAGAGAGAGAGCUUCACUUUGACUCGGACACAUUCAGCGUGGGUUGUGCGGUGUGCAUCUUGACCACUUGGAAAGACUUCAAACCGGACUUCUCUAGGGUUUCUAAACGACAGAAGAGCAAAAUGACAGCAUGCAGGAACUUUCUUCUAUUUUUCGUCAUGUGUUUGAGCGUGAUUUAUCCAUGCACAGGAAUAUCAUGGCUCGGUUUAACGGUGAACGGCAGCUCGGUGGGCUGGAAUCAGACGCAUCACUGUAAACUGCUGGACGGACUCGUGCCAGAUCAGCUGCAGCUCUGCAAACGGAACCUCGAGCUCAUGCACAGCAUCGUGCACGCGGCUAAACUCACCAAGAGCGCGUGCCAGAGCUCCUUCAGCGACAUGCGCUGGAACUGCUCCUCCAUCGAGAGCGCGCCUCACUUCACCCCGGACCUGGCUAAAGGGACCCGCGAGGCAGCGUUUGUGUUCUCUCUGGCCGCUGCAGUGGUCAGUCAUGCCAUCGCCCGUUCCUGUGCUUCCGGAGAGCUCCCCAGCUGUUCCUGUGCUCCAGCGCCCUCAGAGCAGGCGGCCCCAGAUUUCCGCUGGGGUGGCUGCGGAGAUAAUGUUCGCUACGGCCUGCAGAUGGGCUCGGCCUUCUCAGAUGCACCCAUGAGGAACCGUCGCUCAGGACCACAGGCCUUCAGACUCAUGCAGCUUCACAACAAUGCAGCUGGAAGACAGGCACUCAUGGAUGCUCUAGAGGUGAAGUGCAAAUGUCACGGUGUUUCUGGCUCUUGCUCUGUGAAGACCUGCUGGAAGGGCCUUCAAGACAUCAACAGCAUCUCAGCCGACCUCAAGUCUAAAUACCUGUCGGCCACCAAGGUCAUUCCGCGCCAGUUUGGCACCCGCCGACAGCUAGUCCCCCGUGAGAUGGAGGUCAGACCGGUCGGAGAGAAUGAACUUGUUUACCUGGUCAGCUCGCCCGAUUACUGCUCACAGAACGCCAAGCAGGGGUCAUUCGGAACCACAGAAAGGCAGUGUAACAAGACUUCGACCGGCAGUGAGAGCUGUGGACUCAUGUGUUGUGGACGAGGGUAUAAUGCCUAUACAGAGGUGCUGGUGGAGCGCUGCCAGUGUAAAUAUCACUGGUGCUGUUACGUCUCCUGCAAAACCUGCCAUCGCACUAUUGAGAGAUACGUCUGCAAGUGACAAACCACCCUUAUGGACUGUCUUCAUUGACAGAGAGAAGGAGGCAUGGUGCAGUGCUGGAUGAAUAUGUAUGAUCUUUUUAGAGCCAUAACUGAGUGGAUAAUCCUCUUGGAGUGCUGUAAAGAUGGCAUGAAAGUGAAGAAAGAAGAGCCGCAGUUGAGGAAUACGGGAUGGUGAAAGAGUUAAUGAAUGGCUGUAAACAAAGAACCCUGUGGUGAGGCCCUCAAGGCACUCCGCAGAAAAGCAGAGUGAUAAGUAGUGGCCGCUCACAGCAAAACUCAUCAACACAGAGAAAGAGACUUGGGGGGGGAGGGUAGAACUGUGCUGGUGAAGAGCUACUUUACCUGCGGUAAUACUUUACACAUUGCUGAUCUAUUCAGAUCUGUUUUGGGGCCGGUUGCGUAAAAGGUUUAGACUUAAAAGUUAGUCAUCUCAUUUCUUUCGUUAGGACUGGUCUUUUUUUUUUAAAUUCAGUUACAUAAAAGCGUAGAUUAGUCUAAGUUGAUUUCCUUUAGGAUAACUGCCAGUUGGUCAAACUGGUACUUGAGACACUAUAGAGGCAUAUGCAACUAGCCCUUGGUCAGAUAAAUUUCAUAGGUUCCACAGCAGCAAGAGAUGGAAAUCAAACUAUUUAGUUUGGUUGACUUCAGAAGUUCAAUGCACUCAUACUGAUUAUGAAGGAUGACACCAUUGUAUUCCACUGUAUUCAUGAAAAGAAGGACAAAGGCCAUGCCUUUCACCCUGGGAAAUUUGUACAUUUUCUGUAAAAAUGAAAAUUUGUAUUUAUUUUAUUAAAAUAUUUAAUGUGAAAGAGUCCAAUUUGUAAUUUUUCAUCAUGUAAGAGUUAAAAGGAUAGUUGGCCCAAAAAUGAAAACUGGUGUUCCAAACCUGUUUGACUUUUUCUCUUCUGCAGAACAUAAAAAAAUAUAUUUUGAAGAACGUUGGUAACCAAACAGUAUUGGCACCCAUUCACUUACACUGUAUGGAUAUCUCAAAAUAGCUUCCUUUAUGUUCCACAAAAGAAAUAAGGUCAUACAGGUUUGGAACAACAUGAGUAUAUGAUGACAGCAUUUUUUUGGGGUGAACUAUUUUUUUAAAGUCUUGCUUAAAGUCAGUCUAAGGCAGUUUUGAGAAGACUUAGUCAGAAUCUGAUAAGCAUUUUAUAGCAGUUCUGUAUGUGAACGCGAGCAUGUUUUCUCAGAUCCCUCAUCAACAUUCUUCCACAUCAAAGACAUUUUCAGGAUAUCAGUGCUAUAGAGAGAUUUAAAACCCAGAUAGCAAGAAUUCAACAGAAGCUAAGCGAGAAAGAGACAGAGGGCUAACCUGUUCUAUAGUUCCUUUUGUCCUUUGAUUUGGCUGAUUUUUAUCUCUGCAUUGUUACAGAAAGACAAAGGCACACACAGACUUCUGGGCUCUUUGCAGGACCAGGCUGAGCCUCGGAGGGGGUUUAGCUUUGCUCAACAGCUUAUAAUUAAGGGUCCUCAAAUGCUUGUUGAUUUAA